AUGCACUCCAAAUUUCUCGCCAUAGUGGGCCUGUGUGUCGCUGCUUCUAUUCUGCAUGCGACUGACGCUGCUAAUAGAAUGCCCCCACGUCGUCAACUCGGGUCUUACAAGGAUUACGGCCACAGUCAGCACAAGCACGACCACGACCACAAGAAACACUACCACCACGACAAGAAGGACCACUCGCGCUACUACCGUCGCCGCCUCGAAGAUAAGGACGCCAAGUCUACCGAAUAA